CGCUGUCCCGCACAGCGUCCUUGGUGUUAUCUACGCCGUCCCACUCCUUUCCUGGCUCCUCGCUUCGCGUCCGCGGCGUCCAGCUGGUCUACCUAAUCAACGUUUUUACCUAAUACCUGGUCGGUGUGCUGUCUUUUUGGCUUCGUCGCAGCAUCACUCGGCUCCGUAACUGCCUACCCGUCGAUGCCACUGCUCGCUCGCCUUACUGGUUCUUAUACGUCGCUGUCCUUUGAUUUGUGUGCUUGUCGCUGCCGUCGCCUUCACUUGAGCUCUACACUGCACGUCGAUGGACGCCACAGAUCUUCGUCGGUGGACCCGGUUCGCUGCCAAGGGCGGCAUAGGCACUUGCACUGCUCUCCAGGACUGCGUGGCUGAGUCUUCGGAGGAUCUCAUGUUUAUGAAGGACGACAACAUCACUGUCCUCGUACAAUUGGCGGACAAGAAGGAUAUGUAUCUGGGAUAUUGCGAAGGCGUAGUCGGGCGCUUCCACGGCUCCCUCGUCCGCUUCCAUGGCCGCCUCAAGAAACCAGUUAUGACCCGCCGCUCCUCUUCCAACACAUUGCUCUCCAAAAGCCGGCCAUCUUCAUCGCAGAGUGCACUGACAGUCACUGCGCGUGACUUUAUGUCACCUCCCCUGCCUUCCGAAGGCUCUCCUGCGCCCACACGAGCAUCGACCCCCAGGAUGUCGUAUUCCUUGUCUACCUCGUCCUCCUUCAUGACAGAGUCCUCAAGCACAAAUACGCUCACCACGUCACCCGUCUCUGAAACUGCGUCUCCUCUGCCCUCUGCACAGCCAUUACAGGAUGACGGAUCGCAUAUGCGCUCCGAUAGUCCGUCGACAAUGUCCACUGCACUAGACUCUGCUCCGCCGGCCGCUGCAAGUUUCUCUCGAGGAGAAAAGGAUGAUGCCGUCAGGAUUAUGCGCAGCCCGUCGGCGGCUCAGUCUUCUACGCACGGUGGCAAGGACAGCAUUUCGUCAACGCAUACAUUUGGUGCUCCUCCUUCCUCAGUUGCGCCUCUAAACAUCCGAAAGCAGAGAUCAUUGGACCAACAAAAUGAGCCACGUGCCGCUGGCAUCCCGGACACUCCAGAGAGCUCUCAGCUGUCUUUCUCUGAUGUGGAGAACGAUCCACGGAUUUCUGCAGUGUCAUCUGAUGGUAUUACUGGCGUAGGCAUUUCUCUUUUGCAAGGGCUUAUAGGCAGCAGGGAAGAGGACAAUGUGUCUGUACACAGUCAGCAUAGUAGAGCUUCCACUCCUCAAGUGGAUAAGCCCGAUCGAACCUCAAGUUCAACUUCAUUUCACCAAAUGGCAGGAGAGUCAUUCUCAUCUUCGCGUUCAGACGAUGGCUCCGACGCCGACUCUUCCACCUCAGAAGGCGCGCACCGAUCGCUUGCAGAUCCCGAUUUCCAACCCCCAGUCCCAUUGUAUGCGCGCGCCGCUCGCGACUCGGACGUCCUCCCGCGCAAUUCUAUGCACGGCUCCGUUGCCGGGUCCGAGCUCAGCACGUCCGACUGGUCGGACAUCUACGACAACUACCGCUACUCACGUUUCUCGAUGGCAUCCAAGAUGUCGCGGCUCUCGCAGGGCUCGUUGCGCCUCGCUGUCCCUGACCAUCAGGUCCCACCCAUACCUCCUGACUUGCAGAGUUCCGCAAACGCUUCGGAGGUGCGGGCAGCAGCUCCCGGGAAUCAACAAGCGGCCCUGGAGAGUGUGAAGCGCGAUGUCAGUAACCAGGAGACGGUUUCCAAAGUGGAUGCCUCCCGGACAGAGGUCCGCGCAAGUCCCGAAAAAAUGGAAGGUGAUCCAGGGCCGGCAUCAAUGGUCGAAGGUGAGCGGUCCAAAGGUACCGUGAAGGGCAAGCCGUCGCCUCUGGAGCUCAUGGGUGGGCGAGCGCCGUCGCCUCUGCUGCACUCGUCGUUUGCUUCGCCCGAAGGACCGCUGAGCCCUCGUUCGAUGAGAUCGUUUGUCUCCCCACCGCCGGGCUCACCUCCAGCCACGAACGUGCAGCAACCUGCCACGAACAUGCUUGUCGUCCGGCCGCAAGAAGAACAAGAUUUGCGCCCGUACAGCCCUGCUGUCCAAGCAAGCAAUGCAUCUGUCGUCGAAGUCGAUGAGCGUCAGCGAGUAUCUGCAUACGCGGUGAUAGAAGACGAGGGAAAUGCAUAUAAUAGCAUUGUAUCUCCUCAUGACGCCCAUCUAACUUCUCCGACGAGCCCGACUAGUCGUGCACCGUUCCCUCCCUCACCGAUACCGCCCUCAUCGCCUCUCCUACCGUACUCAUCCCCCGUUCCUCCAGCAUCGCCCUCCACUCCGACAUCUCCGCCGCCUCUGUACCAAAUACCAUUAGCACUCCAGCCGCAUGCUCGCCCGCAGCCUGCGAAUCGCCCAUUGAACGAGGCCUCCACCUUCACGCGCAGGAGCCUCUUCAUGCCGCACCCGCACGCGCCCAAGCCCUCCGGGACCCCCGCUGGGCCUAUGUACGGCCGUCAGCCCAUGCCAUCGUCAGGCCCGUCCCACCACAGAGGGGGGCCGCCGGCAGGAUCGGCGACCCAGACUCUGCACAUGGCGUUGGCAUCGGGCCGUGGUCGGCACAUAACGAUCUACGCGCGAUUCGACCAUGAUCUGGCAAACUCGAGCGGGCCCGUGCCGAUCUUCUUCUGUCUUGAGCCGCCGAACAAUAUCCCUGCAAACCGACCGAUGCCUGUCAAGUCGCAGAGCGCGUCGGCUGCGUCUCCUGCACCGUCACCGGCACCAGAUGGUCAGGUGCUACUGAACCGUUCUCUGACUGAGUCCCCCAGGCCGACAGAUCCCAACGGAGAACCUGGCAGACCGGAGUCCACGACGAGGGUCAUUCCGCGUCAGAACUUCUUCCCGCAGGCUCCUGGAGUGCGUCCUAGGUCCAGAUCGUUCUCAGGUUUCGAUUCAACCACGGUGGAUAUGUUGUCGCUGAAAGUGAAAAGCUCGGUGGGGGAUCUGUCAUCAGGCGACGUAUCGCCGGCAGGAGUUGUUACCAUGCGGUCGAAGUCGGCUACUUCUACCCCUGCUGCGGCUCGCUCGCCUAUGCCUUUGCCUUCGCCGCAGCGCGCCACGGUGUCUCAUUCCACAUCGGUUGUCAGGACUGUGCAGAAACCGUCUCCGUUGUCGCUAUCCCAGAACAAUGUUGUGGUUGCUUCAGCGUCUCCGAUGUCUGUGACCUCUGCCUCUAGUAGUCCGAGACCUGGACCCCGACAGCUUCCCCCGGCUGCAUCUUCCGCACCUGGAUCGCCUGAGCCUCGAAUGAACUUAUUCGAUAGAGCAUUCACCAGCAGUCCAUUGCAGAGGGAGGCCCGCUCUGGAGGAGGUUCGUUGGUUUGUCAUCCGUCGAAGGUAACCCUGAAGUCUGAACCGUCAACAUCUAGCCCGCCAGCGUCUCCCCGGUCUCCAUCUAAUGGGUCGUUUCAAGUGAUUAGGCGCAGCCAAUCGUCGAUUCUGCCCAGUGCUAAGGCUUCUGGAGGAGACGAACUAUCUAGGCCGAGCAUGUCUUCGCUGGGAGGCCACUCAGUUAAGGAUGAUACUAGACAUUCGCAUGAUACACAAUGGAAUGUUCCUUCCCCAUCAACCGGGUCUGAUUCUCCGGAGACCGUAUCCCACCCUCGUGCGGGAUCAUCGCGGUCGACGACCUCUCCUUCUCUCUUACGCGUGCCCACUGGUGACCGAUCCACGCCUAACCACAGUCCGGUCGCUGGCGCCUUCUCAUUUGAGUCGUUUGACAAAAGGACAGUCUCUGUCAAAGACAUGGACUUCGAAUUGGUCAGGCCAGCCAUUCCGCAUUCACCCUUGGCGGCAAGUAGUGUAGACUCGCUACCUCUCACAAUACCGAGCCCGAGGGAUGAGACUGCAACCAUGUCGUUCCCGGAUGCUAGUGCCAUCACCAUAAGACAACCCUCCCUCGAUCACAACACGCACGAGCCGAAGAGCCCCAAGGUUUCUAACAGUCCGGAAGUGCAAGCUCACCGUCAGCGAGAGCUUCGUUGGAUGUCAAUCAUGACGUCUGUCCCAGCCUCUCAGUCCAGGAAGUCCAAGAAGGUCAGAAAACUAGUUCUCGAGGGCGUGCCUACGUCUGUACGCUAUGUGGUGUGGGCACACCUAACAGACAGCAAGGCCAAACGCGUUGACGGCAUCUACGCACGGCUGGGUCAAUGUAGUCGAGUAGCGUCGAUCGAAAAUAUUCAGAAUGAUGCGAAGGCGCUCUUUGCAGAGGAACCUCUCCAAGAGCAGUCCUUGGUCAACCUAUUGCAAGCGUAUCUUACGAUGGUACCAGACAUCGACUACAACAGAGGUCUUGCACUCAUUGCGAGCAAACUUCUGGUCCAGUCUCCAGAAGAGGAUGCUUUCUGGACGUUCGUGUCCAUGAUGGAUUCGCAUUUACGCCCAUAUUUCUCACAGCAGCCGAUCCAAUUGGAAGUUGAUGCCUCCCUAUUCGCCAGAGCUCUGGAGUCGAACGACGCCAUCCUGUCCAAGAAAAUAUACAUUGACAUGGCGAUCUCACCGGCUGCCGUCUGUCGGCCUUGGCUCACAUCUGUAUUCGCAGGAGCUCUCCCACAGGAGUUCGUUUAUCGUAUUUGGGACGUCUUCCUGUUCGAUGGAGUACCAUUCCUCUUCCGCGUCGGUCUGGCCAUCAUGAGUUGCUGUCGGCGUAUGCUGUUGCAAUGCCAGAGUCAACAGUCGCUUCUGACCAUUCUGACUCGUCCGCCCAUCUCGUCCUUACCACCGGCUGCUGAUUCAUUCAUUGAGCUUGCAUUUUCCAUGAAAAUCCGAGACGAUGACUUAUUCAAACAACGCAAACAGAUGGAGGCACAAUUGAAGCGUCAAACCCAAAAUCGCGGGCUAUCGUCUGUCAGUUCCCGCGGCCUUACGCCUAUAAUUUCAUUACCUAGGAGUUAAUAUCGUAGCUUACCACGUCAACAGUACAUUGCUCUGUUUUAUACCCUAACAUAGUCUACAUGUCACUAAUGUAGCAUACCAUAUCCGCAGAUUCUUUCAUGUGCCCGUUCCAGUACCCGUCCUUUCCGCAUCUUGCACGUAUGAUUAUUGCCGCAUGGAUUCCACCGGCAUUCGCAGCUUUGCAUGAAUAUAACUCCACC